CCGACUCACCUCGGGUGUUUCCGUCUUACUCAAGUUUGGCUCUCUCCACUUCGGGUAUUUCCGUGUGCCGCUCGGAGAAACUCGGAAUCACUCGGCCUCCCCCAUCCCCCCGGUAACGGUCGCUGGUGAGUUUAAAUGAGCCGGGGCUGGCCGGGCCGGAGCCGCUACGGGGGGGGGCCCUGAGGCACUGCAGAAAGUGGGCCUGAGCCUCGAGGAUGACGGUGCUGCAGGAACCUGUCCAGGCUGCUAUAUGGCAAGCACUAAACCACUAUGCUUACCGAGAUGCAGUUUUCCUUGCAGAACGACUGUAUGCUGAAGUACAUUCAGAAGAAGCCUUGUUUUUACUGGCAACCUGUUAUUACCGCUCAGGAAAGGCAUAUAAAGCGUAUCGGCUCUUGAAAGGACACAGUUGUACCACACCACAGUGUAAAUACCUGCUUGCAAAAUGUUGUGUUGAUCUCAGCAAGCUUGCUGAAGGGGAACAGAUCUUAUCUGGUGGAGUAUUUAAUAAGCAAAAAACCCAUGAUGAUAUCGUUACUGAGUUUGGUGAUUCAGCUUGCUUUACUCUUUCAUUGUUGGGACAUGUAUAUUGCAAGACAGAUCGGCUUGCCAAAGGAUCAGAGUGUUACCAAAAGAGCCUUAGUUUAAAUCCUUUCCUCUGGUCUCCCUUUGAAUCAUUAUGUGAAAUAGGUGAAAAGCCAGAUCCUGACCAAACAUUUAAAUUAACAUCUAUACAGAAUUUUAGCAACUGUCUGCCCAACUCUUGUACAACACUAGUAUCUAAUCAUAGUUUAUCUCAUAGACAGCCUGAGACAGUUCUUACAGAAACACCCCAGGACACAAUUGAAUUAAACAGACUGAACUUAGAAUCGUCCAACUCAAAGUACUCCUUGAAUACAGAUUCCUCAGUGUCUUACAUUGAUUCAGCUGUAAUUUCACCAGAUAAUGUCCCUCUUGGAACUGGUACUUCCAUAUUAUCUAAACAGGUUCAGAAUAAACCAAAAACCGGUCGAAGUUUAUUAGGAGGACCAACUGCUCUUAGUCCGUUAACCCCAAGUUUUGGGAUUUUGCCAUUAGAAACCCCAAGUCCUGGAGAUGGAUCCUAUUUACAAAACUACACUAAUACACCUGUAAUUGACGUGCCAUCCACCGGAGCCCCUACAAAAAAGACUUUUUGUGUUUUACAGUCUGUUGCCAGAAUGGGCCAAACUGGAACAAAGUCUGUUUUCUCACAGAGUGGAAAUAGUCGAGAGGUCACUCCAAUUCUUGUUGCACAAACACAAAGUUCUGGCCCACAAACAAGUACAACACCUCAGGUAUUGAGCCCCACAAUUACAUCUCCCCCAAACGCAUUGCCUCGAAGAAGUUCACGCCUUUUUACUAGUGACAGCUCUACAACCAAGGAGAAUAGCAAAAAAUUAAAAAUGAAGUUUCCACCUAAAAUCCCGAACAGAAAAACAAAAAGUAAACCUAAUAAAGGAGGAAUAACUCAGCCUAACAUAAAUGACAGCCUGGAAAUUACAAAAUUGGACUCUUCUAUCAUUUCAGAAGGGAAAAUCUCCACAAUCACACCUCAGAUCCAGGCAUUUAACCUACAAAAAGCAGCAGCAGGUUUGAUGAGCCUUCUUCGUGACAUGGGAAAAGGUUAUUUAGCUUUGUGUUCAUACAACUGCAAAGAAGCUAUAAAUGUUCUGAGCCACCUGCCCUCUCACCACUACAAUACUGGUUGGGUACUGUGCCAAAUUGGAAGGGCUUAUUUUGAACUUUCAGAAUACAUGCAAGCUGAACGAAUAUUCUCAGAAGUUAGAAGGAUUGAGAACUAUAGAGUUGAAGGUAUGGAGAUCUACUCUACAACACUUUGGCAUCUUCAAAAAGAUGUUGCUCUUUCAGUUCUUUCAAAAGAUUUAACAGACAUGGAUAAAAAUUCACCAGAGGCCUGGUGUGCUGCGGGGAAUUGUUUCAGUCUACAACGGGAACAUGAUAUUGCAAUUAAAUUCUUCCAGAGAGCUAUCCAGGUUGAUCCAAAUUAUGCUUAUGCCUAUACUCUAUUAGGACAUGAGUUUGUGUUAACUGAAGAACUAGACAAAGCAUUAGCAUGUUUUCGAAAUGCUAUCAGAGUAAAUCCUAGACAUUAUAAUGCAUGGUAUGGUUUAGGAAUGAUUUAUUACAAGCAAGAAAAAUUCAGCCUUGCAGAAAUGCAUUUCCAGAAAGCACUUGAUAUCAACCCUCAAAGUUCAGUUUUACUUUGCCACAUUGGAGUAGUUCAACAUGCACUCAAAAAAUCUGAGAAGGCUUUGGAUACCCUAAACAAAGCCAUUGUUAUCGAUCCCAAGAACCCUCUAUGCAAAUUUCACAGAGCCUCAGUUUUAUUUGCAAAUGAAAAAUAUAAGUCUGCUUUACAAGAACUUGAAGAACUGAAACAAAUUGUUCCCAAAGAAUCCCUCGUCUAUUUCUUAAUAGGAAAGGUUUACAAGAAGCUGGGUCAGACACACCUCGCCUUGAUGAAUUUUUCUUGGGCUAUGGAUUUAGAUCCUAAAGGAGCCAAUAAUCAGAUUAAAGAAGCAAUUGACAAGCGCUAUCUUCCAGAUGAUGAGGAGCCAAUAACCCAAGAAGAACAGAUCAUGGGAACAGACGAAUCCCAGGAGAGUAGCAUGACAGAUGCAGAUGACACACAGCUCCAUGCAGCUGAAAGCGAUGAAUUUUAACUUCUGGACAUCAGACUUUUGCAACUGGAUAUGUGGCUAGUGCUGACUUCUUUCUUGUUCCUCCAUAUACUGCGUCUUCACUCUUGAGCCGACGGUAUCAUCAUCCAUCACUUACACCAUGAGUGUGCCACUUUCACUGGACCCUGAUGUAUACAGAAUGAACGGCAGUGCAAUACUUUGCUGCUAACAAGCUGGCUCUUUUACCAGUAUGAAUGACAAUUUGGAUGGGGUAGGGUGGGGACCUUUCUUUUCUUUUUUUCUCUAAUCUCCCUUGGUUGGAAAGCCAUCAUGGAAGGAAGAGUUAUGUUUUAUCUUGAAGGACCCAUUAGAUAUGGAAAUGGUGAUGAACCAGAUUUCUUGGUCAUUUUUCCAAAAUUCUCUUUUUUUUAUUUGGUUCUGUUCCUGAUAAACAGAGUGACUAACCUUCAUUUCUAGGUUCUUCAAGAAUGGUGUCAGCAAGUGCCAGAUGGAACAAUGAAAGACAUUGCCUGUAACAGAAUAAAACGUCAUUGCCAAGGAAUGUAGGUUACCUAAACUUGCAGUGUCUCCUAUAAAUAAAUGCAAUGGGCCUAUUGAGACUCGUAUGUGGGAAUAAGAUAGCCCUCCAUGCGGUGUACACUUAUUCUUGGCAAGAAUGCUCUAAUGUCUAACCAAGAAUUUUAAUUUAUUCAUCUUGCUUCAAAGUGUUGAUCAUUGUCUUGGUAUUGCAAACCUUAAAGUUGGUCUUUACCAUACUGCCUCUUCUCUUUGAGCUCUGUGGGAUCACCUUUGACAUUCAAGGAUGAUAGAGUGGUUCCCCACUGAAAAGCCAAAACCAGGCCCUUAAGAACUACUUAGGUUUACCACAAAAUCAGUAUGAGAACACUGAAGAAAAACUUUAGAGAUCGUGAUCAAGGAAGCCUUAAACAAUUAGAAUUAUACCUAACCGGGAAUCUACAUAUGUUUUGUAGACACUAUCCCUUUGGCUUUUUGAGGUGUGUAAGUAGAGUGCAAGAAUGUGUGCUCUCCUUUAGUGAGGUCCUUUCCAGUCUUUUCUGCUCUCUACUUCAUGUUAUUUUCAGUAAUGUAAGUCACCAAAACUUGUACUGAACGAGUAAUUGGAUUUAAGAUGUUGAAAACUUAGCCUAGAGAAAAAUUUCUUAUGACAGAGACAGAUUGUCUUGUGAAUUCAUCAUAACAUGGGUUGGUAUGUUUGGGGAAUGGCCACAAUUUUAAAGAAAUGGGAAUUAUUGGAAUUUCACAGUAACAGAUUUAAAUAGUCUUAAAUUGUGUAUCUCCUUUAUUGUAAUGUAUUGGAAAUUUUAGAGAAGCUUUAGUUAACAUUUUAUUAAGUGCCAAUGUCAGAAUAUAACAAAUUAUAGUUUCUUGUGAGUGGCAGGCCUACAGUUAUUUUGGAUCAUUUGAUGAAGGACAAACUUACUGGUUACCUGCAUUUGCUAGUCAAGCUGUGAAAAUUAGGUGGAUUACAAAAGAUGUGGAAGAAAGUUUUUUAGCCUGUAAGCUCAGUAAUUUUCUUGUCAGUUACUGUUAAUCUUCUCAUCCAAACAUGAAUUAGAUACUUUUAUCAAUUCAAGUCAAAGUCUUGAGUUAGGUAUAGGUACCAGAGAGGCAUUUAAGAUAAUUUUCUGCCUAAAUCUAUGAUUAUGUGCUGUCUAAAAAGAAAUAAUUUAUGAGGAAAAGGAAAGGUUGGGAAUAAAUGAAUAUCCUUAAAAAUUCCCAAAGGCUAGCACUUCGAUUCUAACAGAUACUCCAUUUUAAUAUCCAUUAGCUAUAUAAAGUUUAAUUUUAGUUCCUUUUACUUUAUUUUAAUUAGCAAAUCAUAAAGCCAGCUAUAUAUUCAUUUAUCAAACAGUAUCAGAUCUAGAGUUAGUUUCAUAGAAAGUUUACCUGAGUUCUGUUACACAGCCUGGAGAAAGCUAAGCUCAGAGCAUAAUUUACUGAAGUGUAAUUAUCUUUUUGUGGGAGGAAUUUUGUCCUGUGCCAGAGGGACUUUCUGGUGUUGAUUUUGAGACAAAGGGUAGAAGGAUAGUUACAAAGGGCACACCAUGGCAGUAGCCAGCUGAGGGACACUUAGGCCCCCACUUGGCCUACUUUUGUUUAUUCCGCAUACCUACUUUUAAAGUCAUUUAGGUGUUUGAAGCCUUAUUUCUAUGUAGUAACUGUUUUUUGCAUUGUUUUGGGGUUUUUUUCUCCUUUUUUUUUUCUUUUUUUCUUUUUCUUUUUUUUUUUUUUCCACAGAGUAGGGAAUCAGACAACCAGAAGAAACACAUUUUGGUCAAGCAAAAUGUUUUUUUCAAAUUUCAGAAUUCUCUUUGAAUGAAAUUAAGAAGACUAAGUACUUUGCUAUCUUUUUUUUUCUGUUUAAGCUUUUCACAGCUAUACAUAUAUAUACAUAUAUAAAUAUAUAUACACGCACACACAAAAGUAUAUUAUAGCAUUGCUUUCUUUUUCCCCAUGGAAAUGGUUAUUACUCUAGGACUUUAGAAAGUUGGAAUAUUUUUUCAGGAAAACAAAUGGUACUCAGAAUAAUGAAAGGUGGUCUCUACUUUUUCUGUAUUUCAUCACUUUGAAUUUUUUAUUUUAUCCCAGAACCGCAAGAAACAUUUGAACCAUGCUGCUGUUGUACCUUAAAAACUCAGUGAGAACCAGUAUUUAGUCUAUUAAAAACACUCUUUUUGAAGAAAACAGUUUCAAAGUCUCUGAUUAGCCAGAGUAUAGUAUGGGUCUUUGCUGAGAAAUAUGACCCGUUUUCUUUCUGAAAACCUGGGAAAAUGCAAGUGUGGGUGUGCUAUGUGUGUUCUAUUUGCAUUGAAACAAUGUAAUUUUGUGUCUUCUUUUUGCUUUUCCUGACUUAUUUCAGAAAUUGUACAGUCUUUGGGGGAAAAGUCUUCUGUUAAUAUAUUUACAAUUCAUUAAAAAUAUGGAAAAAUCCAAAUAAAUUACUUUUGAAAGCAA